AUGCUCAACGCGGAUGCAUUAAGCCGGUUACCCCAAUCUCUUGAACAGGAGCUGCAGGAUGACGAGGAUGCGGCCGAGUACGUCCUCGUCGUGGACCAGUGGGACGAGCCGGUGGUGCCCAUAAAAGAGCUUCAAGCCCUCACGCAGUCAGACGGCGUGCUGUCAAGUGUGUGCAGAUACGUCAUCCAAGGUUGGCCACAACGCACUGCGGAGGAAGGCACAGAGAUGCGGGAGUAUCACAAAAGGCGGAACGAGCUGUCCGUGCAGCAUAACUUGCUUCACUGGGGUCAUCGUGUUGUGGUUCCGGCGGAAGCCAGGAAGAAGCUACUGAAGUUAUUACAUGGAGCUCAUCAAGGAGUUUCUGCAAUGAAGGCAGUUGCACGGUCAAACUUUUUGUGGCCUGGCUUGGACCACGAUAUUGAGCACUUAGCCGCUGUGUGUCAGCACUGCGUACAGGCGUUGCCCAUGCCACCCGCGCAAGCACCCAUUCGCUGGCCAGAGACGCAGGAAAGAUGGUCGCGAUUGCAUGUCGACUUCGUGGGCCCGAUCCAAAACAAGAUGCUUCUUGUCGUCGUGGACUCUCACAGUAAAUGGAUUGAGGCCAUUCCCCUGGCUCACGCGACCUCGCGCAACACAGUCGAUGACCUGCGAACGCUGUUCAGUCGAUUCGGUCUGCCACACACAGUAGUGUCUGAUAAUGGCACGCCAUUCACCGGAUGGGAGUUCAAUAAGUUCUUGCAACAGAACGGGGUAGUUCACGUGCGGGCACCCCCCUACCAUCCACAGAGUAAUUGA